UAGUUCAAGUGACUGAGAGUGAGACAGUACUCGUUGUGACAAAAUAAAAUAGCACUGGUUCAAUGAUGAGUUUGUCGAUGUCAGUUCUUGUCGUGUCCACACCAGAGAGUAGCUGUUAGCAAGCAUAGCAUACUAGUAUUGGGGCGUCUGAUCGGUUUCCGUGAAAGAAAAUGUUGCAGCCUGAUGUGACAACAGCUUCGUUUGGAGAAGAGGAGCAGCUGGAUGAGGACGAAGAGCGUGAGAAGCAAGCGGAGCUCCAGUCAUUUCUCAACGCUGCAUCGGAGGAGGCUGGUAACCUCUGGGAUGCAUCUUUCUCCACUCUUGGCGACGAUGGACAAGAGCGAGACUUUGAUUUUGAGCGUGAACAAGAAGCCAUCAUGGCUGAAGUGGGACAACCGUCUGCGUUUGGCGAGCAAUAUCUCUCCCGUCACCAACAGCACCACCAACAUCGAUCAGUGGUGCCAGCACCGACUGCUGUUGCUGCUCCCAGUGCUGCACGUACUGCGGGUAAUGGACAACCGUCCGAUGCUAACCAUAUUGCAGGCAAUCAUCGACUGGCUGUAUCGCCUCCAACACUGGCAGGUGUACGGCAUCCAGGUCAUGUAGAGCCACUUGCAGCUCGUCAACAACAGCAGCAGCAGCAGCCACUGCGUCUCCAUCACCAGCAACACCAUGCAGCCACACAGCGACCACAGCAGCACCCGCCACCGCAGCACCAGCAGCAACAGCAACAGAACCAUGAUAAGCUACAGAGGUCAUCAUCAUCUCACUCCAGUUUGGGCCGCUCGCCUCCACAUACUCACUCCUUGCCGGGAGCCCCGGUGGAUGCACCUGGUGUAUAUGCAAACCUUGCUGACAUUCAUGCAAGUAGUCAACACCACCAGCCGCAGGCACAAGCACAUCACCAGCAGAUGGUUCAUCCAUCUUCCAAUGGUCAACACCAUCCUGCAUGGAAUGACCUUGCUACAUCAUCUUCAGAUUACCAGCUGUCACAGCUUUCCAAUCAACUAGCUCAGUGCCAGCAAGAGAAUCAGCAACUACAGCAAAAGCUUCUCACAGUUCAGCAAGACUCGGAGAAGCAACAGCGAAUUAGCCACCACUAUCUGGAACUGCAGAAACAGGAAACUGCCAGUACGCAGUCACAACUCGAUCACAUUCGAAGCCGAACUUCCGAAUUGGAAUCAGAGAACAGGACACUGAGGCAGCAACUAUCGGAUUCUGCUACAGCUUCUGAAAGGGCCAUGCAAGAAAAGGCAGACGCCGUGGAGCAAGUUCAAUCACUGAAAUCGAACAUCUCCGCGUUACAAGUUGAACUGCACCAGGUUUCCUCAUCGCAAAGUUUGACUCGACUCAAAGAGGAACAUGAGAAGCAUGUUGAACAACUCCGAGAGCAGCAGAAAACUGACUUGUCCUAUCAGCGGCAACUGGUAGACUCGAUUAACACCAAGCUUGUAAAGGAGCAAGGAUCGGUGCAUCGUCUGGAGGCAGAGGUUGCUGUUCUGAACAGUGAAAUUCAGCAACUGCGCCUGGAACGUGACCGAGCGCUGCGCUCAGCUUCAGAUCAAUCCGAGAGAACUGGUCAUGCUGCACUUAGUCAGGAAGCUGCUGAUGCGCGUACCGCAUGCAGACUUGCUGAGCGUCAUUGUCACGAGUUCAAGGCUGAACUUGAGGCAGUGCGUGAGCAAUUGCGUAGUCUUCCUUGCUGGCAGUCUGAUGAUGAGGACGGUGCAGGCGUGACAGGAAUGAAUGGAGUAGUCGGAUCACUAAUGGUUACACCUGGUAUUCUGCAGCAUUCCACGCCCAUGGCCACUAGUAUUGACAGCCGACCACAAGGCUCAUGUCGUGACCUGAUUGCACUGCUCUCACUGAAGAUGAAACGGCUUAUGAACAACAUGUCUACACAAUCUAAAUCCAGUGCACCUGUUACAACCCUGGAUACAGCUAGACUGGAUCAGAAAAUGCACGAAAUAUCUGAUCUCCGCCAUCAGCUGAGUCAAGUGGAAGGCGAUCGGGACAAGUUGCUUGCGAAGAACAACAAGUUAGAGACGGACCACUCGAAUAGCUUGAUUGUGGAAGCGGAGCUGAAAUCCAAGAUUGAGGCGCUGCAACAAGACCUCAGAAUGCAAUGGCAGAACUUUGAGGAGGACAAGAAAAAUAGCAUAGAGAGCUUCUACACUCAGCUGAUGGACCUCCAUGGUAACUCUUCACAGCGACUCAAGGAGCGGAUGCAAAUGGUUUCCUCCGCAGAGCGUCAGAAGCUACUUCUAGCACACGCUGAGGAACUCAGCACUGUUAGAUCAGAGCUGCUUGCUUCUCAGUCUGAAGCCAGUCGUGUCAAGGAAGAGUUCAUUCGUCUCAGUGAGACGUGUCAGAAAGACAAGAGUUCGUUCCAAGAUCAAGCCAAGUCACAUCACGCCACACUGGAAAGCCUUCGGCAGUCACACAGCACCACUUUGCAACAGAUUGAUGAGCGCCAUCGAAAAGAGCUAGCCUCGCAACUGGCUGCUUUGCGAGACCAACACUCUAAAGACCUGGAAGCAAGUUCUGAAUCUCGCGUUUCGUUAAUGGAGGCGCAGGUGCGCCAGAUGACAGACUUUGACUCAGUGCUGUCUUCUCGACUUAGCGAACAAGAACGACGGCUGCAAGGACGCCAUGAGGAAGCAAUGCGUGAAAUGCAGCAACAGAUGGAGUCGCUUCGCAUUGCUGCAGGCUCUGGGCUCUGCAGUGAAGAAAUGUUGGGCAAGAUGAGAACGCGCCUGGUGGAUGAAUUGCAGAGAGAACGCGAGGCGAUCAUUCGACCGGCGCUGGAGCAUGCCAGGCAGCAAUGGUCUGAGGAACAGCAGCAGUUGCUUGUCAAACUGGAAAACGAGGCAGCAGCUCAGCGGUUGGCAUUACUUCAGCAGCUGAAAGACAAACCCAAAGUGACGUCAGAGGCUUCGACACAGACGGAGAAUGGUCCAGUGCUGACAACCAUGAAUAAACACCUGACUCAACACUUGAUGAAGAUUGCUGUGGAUCUGUUCCACGAUUGCAUUAGGGAGUGGGAAACGAGGCACCGAACAUCCCAUUGAUCCUGUGACGUUAUCUCCAUUAGGACGCGGUUGUGCCGGCAUGAUCUAAUGAUAGCAGUCGGACGAGCCCCGCAUCUCAUCAGCACCAGUGUUCAUGUGCACAAAAUACAUAAUAAUACAGUGGGUCUCCAGAAUUUUUUUACCAACUCUAGAAACCCCCCUUUCAAGACUCGGUGCACGCCACUGCUCUCCCUGGACAGAACGCAUUAUGUAACAGUGCUCUAAUAUCAGCUGCAUUGUGAACACUAAAUUGAAUGGCUUUUUCUUCUUCAUAGAACUGAGAUGUAUGCAGCACUUCCUGCACAUGAACAUGCGGCAUAACAUUUGAAAUGAAACGCAGCACAAAACUAGUACCCUAUUCAAUUUUUUAAAUACUUGUAGGCGAUCUUGAGCUGUCAUAACUUCAUUAGGCGGUGUGUUGAGGGCGCCACUGUUUCUGUAUCCUUGACCCCUUGCUCCCCACAGCAGUUCUGAGUACUUCUUGACGCAAUAGGUUAUGCGGCACUUCUCGAUCACAAUAUUUUUCUUAUUUUACUCUCACCUUUACCCUUGAACUCCCUACUGGUACUCGUCGUAUCUGAACAUGACACAAUCAUUACGCAAUCAAACUGUAUGGUACUUCGCUAUCAAAGAAUUCAUUUAUUUGCCGGUA